UCAUGAAUCUCACAAAUUCUCUUCUUAUCAAAUUCAGAGGUAAUUCAAUCACCACAUCCUUCCUUCUUCACUCUAAUUUCUCCACAAAUCGAUCCAUGCUUCAUAAAAUCACCAACUUGAAUCAUGCACUCAACCUGUUCGAUGAAAUGUCACAGAGACGCCCUCUUCCAUCUGUUGUUCUGUUUAAUCAGUUGUUGACCGCUGUUACUAAAAUCAAACAUUUUUCUACCUCUCUUCAUCUUUUCAACCAAAUGUGUUCCCUUGGUGUCCCUGUUAAUGAAUUUUCUAUGAGCAUUGCAAUCAAGUGUUGUUGUCAGUUGAAUCGCACCAACGACGGUUUUGCAGUCCUAGGAAGCUGCUUUAGGCGAGCUAUUCCACCCAAUGUGUACAUAUAUAGUGCACUCUUAGAUGGACUCGUCCUUGAAGAUAAGAUUCUUGAAGCAGAGAUGUUAUUCAAGAAGCUCGUCAAACAAAAACUUUGUGAACCUAAUGUUGUUAUGUACAGCACAAUGAUUAAAGGGCUUUGCAAGUUCGGUAAUAACGUUACAGCAGUUGCUUUGCUCAGGCUAAUGGAACAAAAAAACUGCAAGCCUAGUAUUGUUACAUAUAGCACCAUCAUUGAUAGUCUUUGCAAGGAUAAAAUGAUGGAUGAUGCUUUGAAGCUCUUAAAAGAAAUGGUAUCUGACAAAGGUAUUCUACCAAACGUCAUCACCUACAACUCUUUAAUCUGUGGUCUCUGUAAGUUAGGUCGUUGGAAUGAGGCCUCAAAGCUGCUAAAAGAAAUGGAGGAUGAGAACAUUUCUCCAGAUGUGCAAACCUUUACUGCAUUAGUUGAUGCAUUUUGCAAGGAAGGUAAAGUAGAAGAAGCUGAGGCUGUUAUCAACAUCAUGAUUGAGAGAGGUGAGGUUCCUAAUGUUGUUACUUACAGUAGUUUAUUGAAUGGGUAUUGCAAGAAUCGGAAUAUAGAAGAGGCUAUGCAAAUGUUUCGUGAAAUGGCUGGGAAAGGUUUAAAUCCCAAUGUAGUCACUUACAACACCAUGUUACAAGGAUUGUUUAAGGUUGGGCGGUGUGUAGCUGCACGCAAACUCUUCGAUGAGAUGCAUGCACAAGGACAAAUUCCAGACCAAAACACGUAUCGAAUAGUUUUAGAGGGUCUUUGCAACAGCCGUCAAGUAGAAGAGGCACUCUCUUUGUUCCAGUUAAUGGGUGAUAGCAAGCUUAAUUCUGAUAUUGUUGUGUACACUAUCCUCAUUGACGGGGCAGGAAAAUGUGGGAAAUUUCACAUUGCAAGGAAUCUUUUCCAUGGCCUAAGCGUUAAAGGUUUGAAACCUGAUGUCAGGACAUAUAAUGUGAUGAUUGGUGGUUUUUGUCGGGAAGGUCUAUUGGGGGAAGCAAAGUUGUUGUUUCUUAAAAUGGAAGAGAGUGGCUGCCUACCAAAUAAUGUUACUUACCGUGUUUUUGUCCAAGGAUGUUUAAAGAACAAGCACUAUGAUGAUGUAGAGAUGCUUUUACAGGAAAUGGAUGGUAGAGGUUACUCACUUGAUGCUUCGACUUUAUCAUGGUUAAUACAUCAUAUCGCAGCUGGUUUACUAGAUAGAAGUAUGCUUAAGCUGUUAGGUAAGCUUGUGCCAAAAGAAUUAUUGAACAAUCCUAGCUUGUGCGACUGGGAGUGAAACUGAGAUAGUAAUUGUGGGAUGAGAAAUGAAGAUAAUAACUUACAAAA